AACAACAAAAAACAAGUUUUUCUCUAUAGAGAGAGAGAGCGACAGAAAGAGAGACGGGGUAGGAUGGAGGGAAGUCUCUACGAAAUGGCUCUGAGCACCUCUCUAUUGUCCACGGCGAGUCGGUCCACACGCUAAAUUCGUCUUCUCAUCCUCUUCUCCAACCCAAACCCUCCUUUUUCUUUCCUUAAAACACCUCUCCAUCUUUCCAACCAUUCGUAUUGUCGAGGUUUCUCUCUCCUUCUACGUGAAAAGUUGCUCUGAGUUCGAGAUCUGAGAUUUCGUGGUGGGUGUUUAAACUCUUCAAUUGUUGAAGACAACCAAGGUAUUGUUUUCUUAAUUUGUCUGUAGUUUCAUCGAAACGAUCAGAUUUUGGUUGUCCUCCACAUCUAUAUUUUGAUCAAAUUCUGAGACCCAAUUGGCUAAAAGAUCCAAAGAGCCAGAGGAUUGGAGAUCUGAUUGGAAAAAAAAUUUUGAAGCUUUGUUCUAUUGAUUUCUCUGUCUUGUUGCUCUGAAGGCUCAGAUAUUGGUUGAUCUCUGUCCAUAUUGAGCUCAAAUCUGGAGACCCAUUUGGCUGAAAGUUUGGAGAAGGUUGAUUUUUGAAGCUUUGAUUCAUGGGAAAUUGUUGUGCAGUACCAUCUACUAAGUCUGAGAAGAAGAAGGGGAAGAAUAAGGCAAACCCUUUCUCUAUUGACUAUGGUGCAAACCAUAAAACUGGGAAUGGGGGAUACAAGUCUCAUGUAUUGGAUAACCCAACAGGUCAUGAAAUUGAGCAGAGAUAUGAACUGGGUCAUGAGCUUGGUCGCGGUGAAUUCGGGGUGACUUAUUUGUGUACUGAUAAAUCUUCAGGGGAAGUGUUCGCUUGUAAGUCCAUAUCCAAGAAGAAACUAAGGACUAGGGUGGAUAUUGAGGAUGUGAGGAGAGAAGUUGAAAUCAUGAAGCAUUUGCCUAAGCAUCCCAAUAUUGUGAGCUUGAAGGACACUUAUGAGGAUGACCAUGCUGUCCACUUGGUGAUGGAGUUGUGUGAGGGUGGUGAACUGUUUGAUCGGAUUGUUUCAAGGGGGCAUUACACUGAAAGAGCGGCUGCGGGUGUGACGCGUACAAUUGUCCAAGUUAUUCAGAUGUGCCAUAAGCAUGGAGUUAUGCAUCGGGAUCUCAAACCUGAGAACUUUUUGUUUGCAAACAAGAAGGAGACAGCAGCUUUAAAGGCAAUUGAUUUUGGACUGUCAGUGUUCUUUAAACCUGGGGAGAGAUUUAAUGAGAUUGUUGGAAGUCCCUACUACAUGGCCCCUGAGGUGCUCAAACGAAACUAUGGUCCAGAAGUUGAUGUCUGGAGUGCUGGAGUAAUCCUCUACAUAUUACUUUGUGGUGUUCCACCUUUUUGGGCAGAAACUGAACAAGGAGUUGCACAAUCAAUCAUCCGUUCUGUUGUAGACCUUAAGAGAGACCCAUGGCCGAUGGUUUCUGACAAUGCAAAAGACCUUGUGAAGAAGAUGCUCAACCCUGACCCAAAGCAGCGCCUUACUGCUCAGGAAGUGCUAGACCACCCUUGGUUACAAAAUGCAAAAAAGGCUCCAAAUGUUUCUUUAGGCGAAACUGUUCGAGCAAGGCUGAAGCAAUUUUCUAUGAUGAAUAAGCUCAAGAAAAGAGCUCUGCAGGUAGUUGCUGAGUUUCUGUCAGUAGAGGAAGUGGCUGGAAUAAAAGAGGGAUUCAAAUUAAUGGAUAUCAACAACAAAGGAAAGAUCAACAUCGAUGAGUUGCGAGCUGGGCUACAAAAGCUUGGACAACAGAUCCCUGAUGCUGAUCUUCAAAUUCUUAUGGAUGCUGGAGAUGUAGACAAGGAUGGACACCUGGACUAUGGAGAGUUUGUAGCAAUUUCUGUUCACAUAAAAAAGAUGGGCAACGAGGAUCACCUCCUGAAAGCUUUCGAAUUUUUCGAUCGAAACAAAAGUGGAUAUAUAGAGAUUGAAGAGCUACGGGAUGCCUUAGCUGAUGAAGUUGACACCAACAACGAAGAAGUCAUUAAUGCAAUUAUCCAAGAUGUGGACACAGACAAGGAUGGACGUAUAAGUUACGAAGAGUUUGCAGCCAUGAUGAAGGCUGGCACGGAUUGGAGAAAGGCCUCAAGACAGUAUUCACGAGAGCGAUACAAUAAUCUCAGUUUGAAGUUAAUGAGAGAUGGAUCAUUGAACAGCGAGGGUCGAUAGGUCACCGUUAGACAAUUUACUCGCCCAGCUAAAGAAUGAAAAGUCAACGACAAAUGUCAUAUGCAUUAGUUUUCAAAAUUCAUAUUUUCUCAGUGGGUUCUUUUUUAUUUUUGAGGUCUGCCUUUGCUUGGUAUUGUGGGGGUAUCCAACAUAAGUAUCCGGGUGAUCAUGGAAUUUAUUUUUUUGUGUAUUGCAAUGUGUUGCUUUCGUUUGUGUGGAGAGUUGCAGGAGUGUGGUGAAAGUGGAAAGAUGUUUAUUUGUGGCUGUAAAUAUUUUUGGCAUAUAUUUCAAGGCAAGAAUCAAUGAUGUUGCUUUU